GUAGUGUAUUGCUACCAACAUGACCACCAUGCAAAACAACAUGGUACAAUUCCAAAAUGAGAUCAAGUCUAGCAUUUUAAACUUGGAAACUCAAAUGAGUCAAAUAGCCGGAGCCGUGAGUAGGCUUGAAGCAAGGGAUUCAGAAAAACUUCCUUCUCAAAUAGAAUGUGAUCCUAAACAGCAAACUUUUGCAAUCACAUUGACAAAUGAAAAGGAGAUACAAAAGGAGAUCCAGAAUCCAGAAGAAGUAGAAGAAGAAAAAGACACGGAGCUCCAACUGGUCAAAGAAGAGGAUAAGCUGAGCUUCAAAUUCAAAUUUUUGUCAUUGUCAUCCUUUGAGGUAUCUCCAUCAUCUCUGGAAGCUUUAAGAGAAUCUCGUAAACUUGAAAUGGAAAAUGACAUUUCUGAAAUCUCCUUCAAAAUUGAGGGAUCGAAAAACUUUUCAUUGACCAUACUACAUGAUAAUUUCUUCCCCUUCCUCCCACCACAUAAAUCAAUGAAAAUCUGGAUAUUUGAUCCUGGAAAGAUUUCCAAAGUGGAGAGUCGAGAAAUUGAGCACUCCUAUGGAGGUCCUAGGAGUGAAAAUUUGAAGAAAAUUAAUUAUCAUGAUCCAAGCUUGAACGAUUGAACACAAUGAUGGCGUCGUGCCGCGACGUUAAAUUAGGUGCUUCUUGGGAGGCAACCCAAGCAAGGUAUGUUUUCUUUUCAUGUUUAUUUCAGUUUGUGUGCGUGUGUAAAAAAAAAAAAAACAAGGGAGAAAAAAAAAAGGUGUAUUUGGAGACAUACCCGAUCGAGUAUAAGUCAAUACUCGGUCGAGUAUGUCUGGAAAAUCAAAACCACGAGCAGCCUGUCUCCUAUACCCUAUCGAGUAUCUAUCAAUACUCGGUCGAGUAUCACUGGAAAAGCCAUAUUCGCACCCCCUGUCUCCAGUACCCGAUCGGGUAUAGAGAGGCACCCGAUCGGAUAUACCUGCGAUUUAACCCCAAAACACACCCCAAAACACUUCAUCUUCUCCAAACACCCAUACCAACCUCGACCCCUUCUCCCAAAAACUCCAUUUUUCUACCUUCUCUCUACCAUAUCUCCAUCAUUUCCCCACCAAAACACCCACAACCCACCAAAAAUCAAAAUCACCCUACUCCACAAACAACAAAAGCCGAAAUUGGGCACUAGGGACAGUGCUUGAACUAAGUGUGGGGAGGAGACUCAUCAUGGGUAUGUAAUCUUAUUUUUUACCUUUUACUACGCAUGAACUUCUUUAAAAAAAAAAAACAAAAAAAAAAUGAAGAAAAGAAAUGCUAGUUAGGUUGAAAACCCAACAAAAUGGGCAAUCUAAGCAAAAAAAAAGGCUUGUGAAAAAUGAUGAGUGAGUUGGGAGAAUGGAAAAUGAAAAGAGAUGCUAGGAUGAAAACCUGAAAAGGCUCCUAGGCAAAAUGAGAGAUAUGAGAGAAAUAUUUAUUUUUGCAUGCACUCAUUUAAUCUCUUUGGAGAAAAAAAAAGAAGAGAAGAAAAAGAAAAAAAAAAGGCAAGAAGAUGGAGCAUAGAAGAUCAUUAAACCCAAGAAAGAAUGUUGUUGUAAAAACUCAUUUUUCCCCUUGGUGGUCUUAGUUUCCUUCUUUCUUGAACUUUUGGAAAACUCUUAAACCGUUUGGAUGUUUCUGUUUUACUCGAGGUCGAGUAAAGAACUAAGUGUGGGGGAGUUGAUACACUUGUAAUUUCCGUGUGUAUGUUUACGUUUUUAGCUAGUUUUGGUUGUUUAGUAUUUCGGAAAUUACACACUUUUGGUGUAAUAGUUUAGUUUGUUGAAUUCUUGUAAUUUGUUUAGAUUAGGGUCAUUCUGAGCUCAAACAGGUCUACCAUCACUCAAAGGACAGUUGGUGAACCCCAAAAGUGGAAGGAAGGUGCAAAAUCACAAGACAAAAGGGAAAAUCCUGAUUUUGGUCUAUACUCGGUCGAGUAUUACCUAUACUCGAUCGAGUAUAAGGUUGAAACUUCAAAUCGGAUCGGAUCCGAAGACAAAGGAACAUGCCGGGAAGAUUUUGGCCACGAUUUAGUGUCUAUACUCGAUCGGGUAGACCGACAUACCCGAUCGAGUAUGCCUUUGAGUUUAAAUCCGAAAUCGGUCGAGUAUGGCUCGAAUAUCACUUUCUGCACAUACUCGACCGAGUAUGAACAUAUACUCGAUCGAGUAUACCUCGAAUCUGGUAUUUCUACACAUACUCGAUCGAGUAUCUGUAUAUACUCGAUCGAGUACCCGAGCCUGCACCUCAAAAAGCCUAUAAAUACACCUCCUUUCCUUCACUUUAAGAUACCAAUUCCUUUAUACUCUUAAGCUCAGUUUAGAAUAGCAUUUCUUUAUAUUUAUUUUAGCAUGUUUAGUCUCCAAAUGAGGAGCUAAACUCUCAAUUCUUGGUAUUGCUCUUGAAACUUGUUGAUUAUUAAAGUUGUGAGUUAUUUUCUUAACUUCUUUUCCUUGAAUAUUAAUUCUUCCUUUAAAUACUAUUUCUAUAUCAAUGUUGGGGAGUGUUACUAAGAUGACAAUUAGUUAACAUCUUGACAUUGGUUUUAGUAAUAGCUAUUCCUUCCUCUAUGUUAAUAUCGGGGAGUGUUACUAAGAUGACAAUUAGUUAACAUCUUGAUAUUUAACUAUAGUAGGAUUCAUUCCCUUUAAUAUUCUUCCUUGAGUAUUAAUUAAUUCCUAUGCAUAUUUCAUAUUAAUAUUUUGAACAUUACUUAAAGGAUCAACUAGUUUUGUUUCAUAUAUUAAUUACUGCUAGAAAUGAUCAACGAACCGAUGGUUAAUCGUUGAUAGUUUCACAAGUAAGUAACUUCGGUUUAUUAAUGCACGGUCGUGGUUAAUAGACUUAAGAGGGAUUAAUUUUGUUGGUUAAACCGAAACCGUUGUGUUAAGGUUAUCAAUCUCAAUUGAUUUCAUCAAGGAGUUAAAAGAUUAAAUGCUACUAUCAAGUCGGUAUAUGGCGUUGUUCUAUACUUGACUAAUAGUAAGGGUUAUUAAUGAACGGUCGUUGUUAAUAACUAUCCUCGAUGAAUUGGAUAUACUCCUCGAUUGAGUAUUCGAGAGGAGAUAAGUUGUAGAUAUAACAAUGAUCGACUAAAAUAUAUCAACAAGUGGAAAGUAGCAAUACCAAGUCAAUUUUAUCUUUGAAUUACAUCCCAUAUAAAUCAUUCAUCUUCGUGUUUAAAUUUAAUUAAAUCACUCAACAAUCAAAACCCCCCUUUAUUUACUAUUUAUAUAAAAAGAAUGUUAUUCCUUUCCCUGUGGAUACGAACUCUACUUCACCUAUACUACGUAUAAGUGUUAGUGUUGAAUUUAUUUUGAGUGCACUCACGACAAAGUGCACGUCAAUGCCCAUACAACAAGAAUGAAUGGCCCCUAACUAAUGUCUCUCAAACCGUGGCUCUUGAGUAUUUCAAUCCCAGUAACUCUGGCUCCCCUCUCCACGUUGUCAAUCUGUCCCCAAUUCACAAAAUCGUGUUCUAUUUUGUCCACCAGAACCUUAUUCCGAGGCUUGAGGGACGUUCCUCACCCUCAAGAGCCGAGUUGGCAUACAUGUACCUGCUGGCGAGCAAAGUUCCAAUCAACCUCCCUGGUCUCAUAAUGGCCCAUCUAAGUUUCAUUAUCAGCUCAACCUCUAGAAAGAACGGAAUUCCCUAUGCCCCUCUCCUCACUAAAAUUUUUAAAGCCAAAGGAAUUGCUAUUGAUAACUUUCCAUCCGAGGGAGCAAAUAAGAUUCUUGACAAACGAACUCUCAAUCUUCUCGGCAUUGCUCUCAUCAAUUCCAAAUUAGUUCCAAAAGAGACUCUGCCCUCUUGUCCUGAUCGAAAACCAAAACCAAGACCUACCUCUGCCCCCUCUAUUGACCCAUUACAGGUUGUACCCCUUAUCAAAGACCAUCUUGAUCAAAUGGAGCGCUCUCUCUGGCAGAAAUUCCUUGCUAUCUCUGAUGCAAUUUCAGCUCUAACAAAAAAGGUGGAUGCCCUGACUGACUCCCAGACAACUAUCCACACUGAUCUCCAGGCACUCAAGAAGGAUGCCUGCCUUAAGGGUGGGGAUUCGGGCACCGUGGAUAGGAAGAUUGUGUACUCUUCAGACGAGGACUAAAUUCUGCGUUCCUUUUAUCCCCUUUUGGUUUUAGCAGUUUCACUCUACUUUAACUAUGCCACUAAAACGCUUUUUAACUCUAUCUGCUAGACACUGUUUUGGUUGUUUCCUGUCUCCUUUUGGUUGAUGCCAAAAGGGGGAAAUCAACCAGGUGCCUUUAUGUGUUUCCUUUUGGUUAGUUCCUUUUGGUUAGUUCCUUUUGGUUAAACUACUCUUAUAUCCUUUCUACUAACCAUGCAGGCACCUAUGGUUUGUCAUCAACAAAAAGGGGGAAUUUGUUGAUUAAUUAGUUUUGUUGAUGACUAACCUAUAACGGAAUGAUGUCACGUUUUACAUAAUGGACUAGACCACCUUUGGAUGAUAUUCCUCACAUGCAUGGUUUUCUAUAUCUCACGUGAUCUAUACAUGUCCAUAUUUGAAUUAGUUGACCAAAUCAGUUUUAUAUAUAAGGGCAUUCUUGCUAUUCAUAUAAAAAAAAGGAUAUUUUCGGUUGGUUGCCUUGCAUGUGGGCCGACGUUUUAAAGCUUAAUUUCUUGCCAAAAUCAAUCUUCAGUAAUCAUUCAAAUUGAUUAGAUAUUUUGAAUGGUAAUAUCUAUAUUUGACUCGAUUGAUCUUUUAAUAAGGCAAGUAAAUUAUUACCAUGGUUUGAAUAUUUGAGUUGCCGCAUGAAUGAGUUACUCUUCAUAAUAAACGUGCUCCAUAUUUAAAAGGCUUUUGAUUGUGACUAACAAAUAUCUCUAGCUCCAAAUAUGACAAGUGUUGAACAAGGAAAGAUAUUCAAAAUUCCUUUGAUCAAGGAAAGGAGCCAACGACUAUCAAUGCGAGAGAUAUAUAUAUAUAUACAAGUUGGAGAAUCAUUUUUUGAAGGUGCUCGGUGAGAUAGAAAUUCAAGACACAAUAUUUGAGAGAGAUACCAAGACCAAAGCGCAAGAAACUGCUCAACGGAGUUCUAGAUAGAGUUUCUCUUUUCCCUUUCAUAUUGUACUUGGAAUAUUGAGGCUUAAUUGGCUAGAGUAGCUGCCUCGGGUUAAGUGUGUGUGAGAGCUUUGUGAUAAAGCUGAGAGGCUCUCUACCCGCAAGGUAGAGAUGCAUAACUCUUCCUAGAGAGGAUAGAGUUGGGGGAG